AUGGCUAGCUUUGUGUCUUUUUCCUCCAACACAGCACGGCUGUGCAUUACCUCGGAGAGAGGAGCGUGUGACCGUGGGUUCUUGCGUAAUUGCGAGGAAGAAGGCUUCGAUGUCACCUACAUCCCUUUCACGAAGGAUACAUCACUGUUUGUACAAGAGCUGAACAAAAUCGUCCAGGGGCUGGGUGCGGGCGAGUCAUAUGCUGUAGUUGGUUUUGGCGCUGCAGCGGCCUUCUGCUUGGAAUACUAUGUGAAGCCCCAAAAUACUCGCAAGAUACGCGCCCUUGUGGCCUACUAUCCCACUCGUAUUCCCGGACAAGAAUUAAGCUAUCCAUCGUCGAUGCGCGUCCUUCUGCAUCUGGCAAACGAGGACGUCGACGUCUUCCAUGACUGCCAGAGUGCCAAGAGGCAUCACCACCGAGAAAUACAGCAUCUGAGCUCUGGCUUAGGCGUCGGAGACCGGCUUCCGCUGCGAUAUAGCGCGUUUGUAUACUCUGCGGCUCUCCCAGGCUUCGCGGAGCGAAGUCGGGAUAGCUACGAAUACGUCUCUGCCAGUUUGGCGUGGAGUAGGACUCUGGGCCUUCUCCAAGAGGAGUUUGGGAAACAUUACGACCUGGAAGAAACGUGGGAUAAGAUCCAAGAAAACAGAUACUUUGCGCCCAGCAUGAAGGAUCCCCUAGCAAGCUAUGUGAGACAAGGGACUCCUUCGAUUACAUUUGUCCCAACACUGCAAGGGGCCACUGGCCGAGAAGCCCUCCGCAGGUUCUACGCAAAUGCGUUCCCUCAAGGAAAGCCCCCGUCAAUGAAGAUGCGGCUAAUAUCCCGUACCAUUGGUGCGGACAGAGUGGUGGAUGAGAUCUUCCUUUAUUUCAAGCACACUCAGGAAAUGCCGUGGAUUCUCCCACACAUCCCACCCACUCAUAGAGAAGUACGCAUUAUCAUCAUCAACAUCGUAUGCGUACGCGGUGGGUUGCUUUAUUCUGAGCACGUCUACUGGGACCAGGCAAGCGUACUUGUUCAGGUGGGUCUUUUGGAUCCCAAAAGCCUCCGAGGACAUGAAAACCUGGCAAAGACUCCAAUUGUCGGCGGCGAAGCAGCCAAAGCAGUCUUGAUGAACGACCGGCAAGAUAUCGCUGAUCCUGGUGGUUGA